UGAAACACCGAAAGUCUUUCUCAGUACGGUAUCUGACAUUGGGCGCGUGUGUUUUUCAAAUUGAUUUUAUUCGAUGAAUACGAAACCUGUUCAAUCAUAAAAUUUGUGAGUUAUGUGAACGAAAUAGUUUUUUCUUUGAUUAGAGUUAUACAACGUUUUCAUGUGCGAACCGUCGUGAAUUGAAUGCAUCAGGACGACAUUAUAAUUCAUUAACUAGUUAAAUAUAGAACGAAGUAUCAAUUGUACUUUGCACGAUAGUAAAUAAGAGAACGAAUUUACGUCUACCAGUAACGAUUGCUCAAUAGAAUGGCUACAAGAUUACGAAAAUUUGGAAUAUCAACGUUCGGAGCAUGUGCCGGCGCUACAAUAGCUGCAUGGGCACUAAACUCGAACAACAAUUACACUGUAGAAACAGCGUCUAUCGCCAAACCAAGAGUGAAACGACAACUACCUCCACGUUCCGAACAAAUUCAAGUGCUACAAAGCGGGGAAGAAUAUGAUGUUUUAGUUAUUGGCGGAGGCGCUACUGGAGCCGGAUGUGCUUUAGAUGCAAUUACUAGAGGUUUGAAAACAGCGCUUGUCGAGGCUGACGAUUUUGCUAGUGGAACAUCUUCAAGAUCAACGAAAUUGAUUCAUGGAGGAGUACGAUAUCUACAGACCGCCAUUUUAAGGGCUGAUGUGGAGCAGUAUCGUAUGGUGAAAGAGGCAUUAGCUGAACGCGCCUCUAUGCUACACUCAGCUCCGCAUCUAACACAUCCCCUACCAAUCAUGUUGCCGGUCUAUACAUGGUGGCAAGUUCCAUACUACUGGGUUGGUAUUAAGUGCUACGAUCUCGUUGCCGGCGACCGCAAUGUUAAGAGCUCGUAUCUACUCUCCAAAAGCAAUGCUCUGGAAUUGUUUCCCAUGUUAAAAGGGGAUAAAUUAUGCGGAGCAAUCGUGUAUUAUGACGGACAACAGAAUGAUGCCCGUAUGAAUUUGGCAAUUGCAUUAACAGCGGCUCGACAAGGUGCUACAGUUUGCAAUCAUGUUGAAGUCACUGAACUUAUGAAGAAAAAGGAUGCAAACGGACAGAAUAAACUGUGUGGAGCUAAGGUUAAGGACACAAUCACCGGAAAAACGUGGGAAGUAAAAGCGAAAUGCAUUAUCAAUGCUACCGGCCCGUUCACCGAUCACAUCCGAAAAAUGGACGAUCCAACAGUAAAAACGAUCUGCUGUCCGAGUUCCGGCGUCCAUAUCGUUUUGCCCGGUUACUACAGUCCACAGCAAAUGGGACUGUUGGAUCCUUCAACAUCUGACGGACGUGUCAUCUUUUUCCUUCCGUGGCUCAAUCAAACAAUUGCAGGCACAACCGAUUUGCCUUGCGAGGUUACACACAAUCCAAAACCAACCGAGGAUGAAAUUCAAUUCAUUUUGACCGAAAUCAAAAAUUACUUGAACUCUGACGUUGAAGUGCGACGUGGUGAUGUAUUAUCCGCAUGGAGUGGUAUUCGUCCGUUGGUAUCAGAUCCGAACAAGGAGGACACACAAUCCUUGGCUCGUAAUCACAUCGUUCACGUCAGUCCCAGUAAUUUAGUGACAAUUGCUGGUGGAAAAUGGACAACAUAUCGUGCCAUGGCGGAGCACACUUUAGAUGCCGCAAUUAAGGCAUGUAAUUUGACUCCAGAGAAGGCGGAAUGUCAAACUCGCGAUAUGAAGCUUGAGGGAUCGCACGGUUGGACACCUACUAUGUACAUUCGAUUAGUACAAGAUUUUGGCUUAGACUGUGAAGUCGCCAGACAUUUAUCUGAAUCAUAUGGUGAUCGGGCGUUCCCGGUAGCUAAGAUGGCUGCAUUGACGGGAAAACGAUGGCCCAUCAUUGGACGAAAAAUUCAUCCCGAAUUUCCGUAUAUUGACGCAGAGGUGCGUUACGGUGUUCGAGAGUAUGCAAUGACAGCAAUCGACAUGGUUGCACGUAGACUUCGGUUGGCAUUUCUUAAUGUACAAGCGGCUCAAGAGGCCCUACCCGCAAUCAUCGACAUUAUGGGCGAAGAGCUAAAAUGGUCGAAGGAAGAAAAGGAACGACAAAUGAAGUCAGCAACGGAAUUUUUAACUUCCGAAAUGGGUCAACUUGUAAAUCGUGCGAGCCGUGACAAAAUACCGAUCAAUCUAUCGAAGGACGAAAUUCAGCUGUACAUUAAGAGAUUCGCUUUGAUUGACAAGGAAAACAAGGGCUACGUAUCCAUUAAUGAUAUCCGUCGAGGAUUGAAGAGUGAUGGAUCUAACAUCGACAUUUCUGGUGAAGAAUUGCACGAAAUUCUUCGAGAAAUCGAUACCAAUAUGAAUGGUCAAGUCGAACUCGAUGAAUAUUUGCAGAUGAUGUCUGCAAUCAAAUCUGGCCAUGUCGCAUACUCCAGAUUCGCUCGAAUGGCUGAAUUAGAAGAUGAGAAACACGAAGCAGAGAAACUGAAGAAGAAGAUUACAGUUGAUCGAUCAGGCGGUGGCUUGUAAAGCGGACGAUAUCAGUACAACAUUUUUUCAUACCAAUUUGCAAUACAAAAUCAUCGAUAAAACGUAUCAACGGCAAACAACAUUAGCAUUAAAACAGAUUUGAAUAUAACAUUUUCAAAUGCAAACGACUCAUCGACAUAUUAGUACUUAAUUAUCCGAACUACGAUUGAAAGAACAAAGAAGAAUUUGUAACUUUUUAAAACACUUUAAUUAACGAGCAAAUUUUUAACUUAAGGAACGUUAAUGCGUUAAAUUAUUGCGGAUCCGACACGGUUGAUCAGGAAUGAUACCCGGAUUAAGGGAAAUAAUUUAGCGUUUGUAACGUGCUUUAGAUAGAAUAAUCUAACAUUUUUGAGAAUUCUUUAAAGAAAAUACCUAAAUCUAAAUGACUUUUUAGGCUUUAAGCAAAAUUUUCAUUCCCUGAUUGCAGACACCGAUUGUUGUUGAGAAUGUUUGUAAUUUAUUUUUUUUCGAUUUUACAGUUUACUGUAAAAACUUUUAUUUAAAACAAAAUCCCAUUUUAAGUUUGUUUUAGUAGAAUCAAUUGGAGUGUUUCAAUUAUAUGCGUCCCGCAAUUAAUUUAACUGUUGAAUCGACACUGUUCCACCUUAUUUAUUCUAUUAAACUAAAAUUUGUAUUUAUUUUAAACUUUACAUUUUAUCUGUUAAAAAACGAGAUAUUUAAAUUUAAAUAAAAAAAUGAAAAGAAAA